UAGUUGUCAUUUUAAAUUAUUUGAAAAGAAGCGAAAAGCUGCUUAAUAGUUGUUAGUAACUGUUUAUUUCAGCUAAAACAACAACAAAAAAAAUGUUUUUUUGUUUAUUUUUAAUUACGAUCAAGUUUACAAAUAUUUAUUUAAGUGAGAUAAACAUGACUUCAAGUAAUAGCUUAAGUGAGAUAAACUCAACUUUAACAAAAUUGUUUGUCGAUUCCUUAGCAAAUUCUUCUUCUUCUCAAAACAAUUUAAAUCAGGCAACAAAUAAUAGUAUUACUGAAGAAAUUGAUAUUUCUGGUAUGACUUUAGAUCAAAUUUGUCAACUUUUCGAAAUUAUUGGUGAGAAUUGUUCGUGUUCAAACCCUAUUGUAGAAUUCCUUUGUAAUAUUAAAAAUCAAUCUGAAAAAGUUAUUGUAACAUUCAAAUGUGAUUCCGUUUCAAAUAAAGUAAUAGGUAUUUCAAAUAUUAUAUCAUCAGUUUUCGCUUUGAUUGGUAAUGGAUUUGUAAUCGGUUUCGGAAUAUCUAGUUGGAAAGAUCUCUCAAGAUUUCGGCAAUUAAUUUUAGGUUUGGCUAUUUCCGACUUUAUGUUUGCAGUUGUAGAAGUUAUGAUAAGUAUUCCUAAAAUAUGGACAUGUCAGUGGUUGUACGGUUUGUUUUUGUGUAAAGUUCUUUAUGCUGUACUGGCUGCGAGCGCAAACAUUGCAGUGGGUUUCAUAGUCAUUGUUGCUGUUGAUAGAUACGUUGGCAUUGUACACAUGUUCAGUACAUUGUUUAAUCAAAAUAGAUUUAGAGUCAUUGUAAUCAUAAACGUUGUGGCAGGAAUAUUAUCUGUUCUUCCGCCAUUGGUGGUUCUUCAAGUUAGCAAAUUUAAAACUUGCGAAGAAAACUGGAACAAUAAAAAAUCCAGUGUUUAUACAAUGGUCUUAUUUUUUGUUUAUUAUCUUAUACCCGUAGUUGUACUUAUUGUUUUAUAUUACAUAAUUAUUGCUUGGUUAAAAGAAGCGUAUUUAAAGUGCAAAGCAUUAAAUAACGCUCAACAAAUAUCGCGUUUGAAAAAAAACAAAAGAACUUUAAUUAUGCUAAUUUCCAUCUUAGCCUGUUUUGCAGUAUUAGUUAUUCCGAAUCGAGCUGUUUGGAUUAUAAACGAUUUUUAUGGUUUGAGUAAUAUUAAAGAUAAAUAUUUAAUACGGUUUUUAAAGAUAGUAUCGGAGGUUCCGUAUGUAUUCCAUGCAGCUGUGAAUCCUAUCAUUUAUUCGGUUGUAGAUCUUAAGUUUCAAUCUCAAAUGAAAAAGUUUUUUAACGUUUUAUGUAGAUAUCCUAAGCUAGCAGAGUCUAAGCCUAUGAGUGACUCGCAAGCAACAAUUGAGAUGGUAGUCUCAUCAUCAAUUGAGAUGAUGGUUGUAAAUAAUCAUUAAUUUGUUUUUUACGAUCAUUAAAUAGUUUUUUAAACGA